UUUCAGUGCUAAUAACGUUCAGACUGCAAUCAUGGAGUCGGUGCGUCUUAGUUUAUCUGGCUCUAUAGUUGGCUUUUAUAGACUGGUUUCCUGUCUUUGUGCUUUAGUUGGGACAGCAGCAGCUGGUCCACGUUAGCACCUCAUGCUAGUACAUUAUCCUGACAUAUUCAUCAAAUCUAAAUGAGAUAACAAACAAUCCGGCCAUUAGCUAACACUAUGAGCGAUCAUUAUGAGAGAGUGAAGAUUGAGCUCCAGCAGAUGAAGGAGGUGGAGAACGAGGCCGCGGCCGACGUGGUGCAGCUGUCCACGGCCUCGGUCUCUCCAGUCCCCGCUGACGUUUCCUUCACUGCUCGGAGAGACCAGUCCAAAAGUAGCAUUAACGGGAGAAGUCGGAGUAAAAGUAGGAGCAAAGCAGACGGUCAUGAGAGACAGGUGAACGGUAAACAACUGCCGGAUCUGACGCCGCAGAAGUCAGACUAUUCACAAGGACAGAGCCGUGUGAUCAACGAGCCAAACCUUCACAUUAAAGGAACGGCAAGGCUUUUAAAGGGUAAAACGGCGGCAAACGGUCACGUUGAGUCAUGCCAGAGACAGACAGAUGUGAAAUGUGAGCAUCAUGGCAAAGAGGCCAAAAAGAGAAGAGCUGUCACGGUGGACACCUCCAAGGCAAAGACGUCUCUGGAGGCGCUAAAGAUGAGCAUCAGACAGCUGAAGUGGAAAGAGUUUCCGAUGGGUAGGCGGACAGCCUGUGAUAUCUACUGGCAUGGCGUCUCUUUUCAUGACAAUGAGAACAUCAUGUCUGGGCAAGUCAACAAAUUCCCAGGAAUGAUAGAGAUGCUGCGGAAGAUAAACCUGAGUCGUGCCGUGCGUACCAUGCAGGAGCUGUUCCCGGAGGAGUACAACUUCUACCCACGCUCCUGGAUCCUGCCUGAGGAAUACCAACUCUUCUCCUCACAGAUUCGUCUCCUGAAAGAUAAUGAUUCAACCCUCAAACACACUUUUAUUGUCAAACCGGACAGCGGAUCCCAGGGCGAUGGCAUCUACCUCAUCCGUGACCCUGCUGACCUUCGGGUCAUCUCGGGUUCUCAGAUCAAACAAGCAGUUGUUCAAGAAUACAUCCAGAAACCCCUGCUCAUCGAUAAACUGAAGUUUGAUAUCCGCCUGUAUGUUCUGGUCCGCUCCUUGGAGCCUCUAGAGAUCUACAUUGCUAAAGAGGGUCUGUCAAGGUUCUGCACAGAACCCUACCAAGAACCCAGCCAGAAGAACCUCAGUCAUGUUUUUAUGCACCUCACCAACUACUCCCUUAAUGUGCACAGCGGGAACUUUGUUCACUCCGACAGCUGCAGCACUGGCAGUAAACGCACUUUCUCUAGCGUUCUCUAUCGCCUGGCAUCGAAAGGAGUGGACAUCAAGAAGGUCUGGUCGGACAUUAUCGCUUUGGUUAUCAAGACAGUAAUUGCACUUGUGCCUGAACUGAAGGUGUAUUAUCAGGCAGAUAUUCCACUUGGAAAACCAGGACCGACAUGUUUUCAGAUCCUGGGCUUUGAUAUCCUGCUGAUGAAAAACUUGAAGCCUGUUUUAUUAGAGGUCAAUGCCAAUCCCAGCAUGAGGAUUGAACAUGAGCAGGAGGUGUCACCUGGUGUGUUUGAAUAUGUACCGAGUCCAGUGGAUGAAGAGGUGAAAGUGGGUGUGAUCAGAGACACGCUGCGGCUCAUGGACCCCGCUCAGAGGAAACAACACGUAACGUCAAGUACAGGGGGCGGUUCACCAGAAGAAGCUAUUGUUGUGGAGACAGGAAGUGAUGAGAAAGAAGGCUUGGCGGAUUCCCUUCCAUCUUUGUGUUUAAAGCAAGUUUUCCCCAAAUACACCAAGCAGUUUAAUUACUUGCGGGUCGUGGAACGCAUCGCUACCAUUUUCCUGCGCUUCCUUGGUGUCAAAGGAACCAUGAGACUGGGUCCAACCAGCUUCCGCACCUUCAUCAGGAACUGCAAGCUGAGUAACAGCAGCUUCUCGAUGGCUUCAGUGGACAUCCUGUACAUCGACAUCACGCGUCGCUGGGCUGGAAUGGUCCCCGACUCCAAAGAGGCAGGAAUGUGUCUUCAGGCAUUUACUGCAGCCUUCUUUUACUUGGCAGCACGCAGGUUCAAGGCUUUACCGCUGCGGGAGCAGGUGCUCUUGCUGCUGGAGGUUUGUGAGGGGGCCCUUGAGGGCCACAGCGAGAAGCCACGGCCACACCGAUCGCACACAAACCCCGCCUCGUCUCAAUCAUCAGCGCCAAUCACGUUCAGCUCCCCCGCUCUGACACGACGACGCCACCGGCCGCCGCAACUCUCUGCUAAAGCUAACACAGAGAACUGACAAUCUCACACAUACAUGUCUUCUGAUGAACUUCCAAAAGGGCAAAGCAAUGUGCUUUUGAAUAAAUACAGAAAGAAAGAAGGUAGAAUAAUGAACCAGAUUUUAUAACAUACAGAAGCCAGGAUCAAAGAGGAACUUAAAUCAUUCACUCUUAGCGCUGUGCAAUAGCUCAAGUUGAAUUGUUUAUACACAGCUCAAGAUGAAGAUAUUUCUUUCACCACACUAAACAGACAAAUGUAACGGAGGAUAUUUGUACACUGACACUUGUUUCAGUGCUAAAUGUGCAGAUGGCAUGACUUGUGUCACAUAGCUCGUACUGUAUGCUUACCUUCAGGUAAUGUGGGUAGGAUUUGUGUGAACCAAUCGCUGCAGGGAUAAAUAUCACGGGAUUCUGUGUUUCUUAAAGGGACGAGAUGUUGUUGUAACACCACUUCAGAAAAGCAGCUAAUUCUCUCAAAUGGCCACCUUUCACUGACUAGGCAGAACAACACGGUGGCCUUUUGUUAGUAAAAAUGGUGUUAACACCAGGACAUGGCACCAAGUGCAUUCGGAGUUUACCAAGUUGUGUAUUAUUUAUACCCGAAGAGAUUUAUUAUUUAUUGUUUUUCACUUAACUGAGUCAUUCACUGUAGCUGUGAAUUGACCGAACUGCUCCCACAUGUAGAAAUUAUGACAGAAGGAGAAACAAGGGUUUGCUGUGGUUUAAUGCAAGUGGACAUCUCACAAGAAUAGCACAUAUUUACAGAUCAUUUAACCCUCAUUUAAUAUCACAUUGCAGCUGCAGGCAUCGACAUGUAUAAAAUCAGGCUUGCCUGAGGUGUACUUUUUAUGGACAUGUUGAAUAAACAUUGCAUUUAAAAGAUUACAUUGUAUGUUUUUACUUUUUCAGUUAUAUAUGCACACA